GAGUUAAAUAAUUAAAAAAUAAUUUAGCGGAUAAUUACAAUAACCUUCGUGUUUUUUGGCAGACAUUUAUCGAUACUUACAAUUGUGAAUCUAUUACAAAACUUAUUUGUGUUUGUCAAAAAUUCUUGUCGUUUGGAAAAUUUGUAAUUGCAAAAUUUAUGUUCCCUCGUCGCUCCGUUUGGAAUAUAUCUCAGUUUAUAAAUACUAGAUUAGUUAAAAAAGAUUGGAAAUUUUACAAGAAAACGUAUUAAUUCAUUGUCUACUAAUAAAACAUGUCAAAUUACACGAAAUGGCUCGACAUAUCGCCUAACGGUGGCGAUUUGGAUGAACUAAUCCAAGACACGAGUUUACUAAUAGCAUCCGUAAACAAUAUGUUGGAUCAGACUCAAAGCACACCACAAGGCACGACGACAUCGCUGGGGCGUAGAUCCUAUAAUAGCAGCGACAGUAGCGGAAUACUUGGUGGUGCACAUUCCAAUUCCAGCUCGCCAAAAUCGCCGAAAACUCCGCGUUUAAGCUUACCCGCUAGAGCAACGGUGCCCACGCCAUCAAGUAGAGAAAUUGACCGAGAAGUCAAUCGAAAUCGUUUUUGUGAAAUGUUGGAACACAAUUUACGCACUGUAGCAUCGGAACAAGAGCAACUCAUUGGAAGGCGUCUGGGGGCAAUGUCGCCAACUAGUCCGCGCCGUGGACCACUGAUCAGUGCUCGCGGCAGGCGGACAAAUCGCGUACGUGCUCCAACACCAGAUGAAGUAAUCGAUUUAAGUGAUUCAAUGUAUUUCCCUCCACUACCGCCACCUGCUCAUCUAUUGAAUGUAAGCGACGAUGUCAUACUAGUGACACCAAACGAUGAAGAAGUAGUUGAUCUAUGCACACCAAAUUUCCGUCGAAAUAAUGCACGCUCAAGAAAUAGUAUUAAUAGUAGAAGACCAGCGAAUGCCACUGAAGAUAAUAUAACACGUCGACGUUUGACGGCAUCACGCCGCUUGGGUUCUAUAAGCGGUGAUAGAGCAUCAACACGUCGUUCAAUUUCUUCAACAUCAUUGCAAAAUGGAGGCAGCUCGUCCGGUAGUUCCAUCUCAAAAACAACAUCAACAACAAACAUUGGCUGCUAUGCAGAUAAAACCAAAGAGAAUGCAUUGUCGCCUGGUGCGCAAGCUGAAAAUUCGAAUACUGUUGAAAGUGAGCGUAUACCAUGCAUGUGUGCUGUAUGCAUGGAAAGCUAUGUCAAUAAUCAGCCCACAUCCACCAAGUGUGGUCAUGUUUUUUGCGCUAAAUGCAUACGCGAGGCUUUGCGUCUGACACGCAAGUGUCCCAUGUGCAACACAAAGAUCACACCAAGCAUGCUAUUCCGUAUAUAUAUUUAAAUAAUUUAUUAAUAAACUAAAACACUACUUAUAAAUUAAACUGUUAACCGUAACCAUUAGAAUGUUUAUUGCUUUUCAUAAAAAUUCCAUAAUUUGUUUAAACCAUUUAUUUGCUCAGGAAGUUAAGUUUGUCAUGUGUGUAAUGAUAAUAGUAAAAC